CCCAAAUUCUAACCCACAGGUCCUCGACCUGCUCCUCACUAUUUCUCAGAGGAAGAUCCUUACAAUCAAUCCAGUCUUUAGGACAGAGGGCAAAACUAGGAGUGGACUGUAACUACUGUAAAACUGUAUGGUGACAAAAUGAGGAGUCUGAAAUCUCAAUUAGAAGCUUACCGAGAGCUGAUGAACAAGAACAGCCAAUACUGGCAAAAUUUAGCUAAGAGCCUGAGGGAAAUUAACAGUCAACUGAGCCAAGAGAAGGAAGUUCUUCUUCAUCAAAUGAAACAACAAACAGAGAAAUGGGAAGAAAAAAAGGUCAGGAUUCUUGAAAAUCUGUCUAAAACAAUCAGUCAUCUUUAUGCCCAACACACAUUGACUUUGCAGGAAUUUCACAACAUCAGUCUGUAUGUGGAAAGAGUGUCAGACCAUGUGGAUUUCCAGAUCAAAAUUCUUCAGCACAAAUCUGAAAAGACCGAAGACUUGGAAAAAGCAGAUGUGCUCAUUUUAAAAUCAAAAGCAGAACAAGGAGCUAAUGAAGAGAAGUCUGAAAACUCAGUGGAAAUGGGACCUCUGUGGCAAGCACACAUCAUACUGCAAAAGAUACAGGAGUCUUUACGGAAACGAGAAAGAGAAGUUACUGAGCUCCUAGAAAGCGAAAGAAGAUAUAACAAUGCAGUGAAACCUGAAAUUACAGUCCUAGUAUUCUUGAAAAAUCUAGCUAAGAAGGUUCACACCUUAUACUGUGAUGUCCCUGAGGCACAGCAGUACAUCAAUCAGCUUGUCAGGAAGAAUGAGGUUGAAAGGGCUGGUUGGAAAGAAGCCUUUAAUAAAGCUCAGGCUGACAUUUCGUCCUAUGAAGUGCUUUAUGGAAAUGAACCUAGGGAUGACAAAAGCAACAGGACACAGUUCUCUAUGAAGCUUUUCAGAAAUCUUGGGAGAGCAAAGUCUGAAUUAGAAUUUGCUGAAACAGAGAAGAUAGUUUUUGAUUGUAUCCAGACUGGGGAAAUCCCCAACUGGAUUAAAAGAGAUUGUCCUUAUGUAGUCUUGACAGAAGACCAUAAGGAUGUAUGCUCUAGAGAGAUAAGUCAGCAUUCAGAGGAAAUAAUGCAAAAGUUUGAAAUGGAAAUGAAGGUGGUCAAGAAAACAAUGGAACAGUAAAAAACACACCAACAAUGGAACAAGUUUCCUGUUUUAAAGGGGACGCUGGAUGGACGUCUUGAAUAAUAGAAACAUUUUCUACAGCAGCUUCAUGAUAAAAAAUGAAUUGGAAGAACUUCAAGCCCACUAUUUACUCUCAAGAAACUUUUGGAGUUUCAGUGUUUUGAAACUUUUAGUCACUUUAAGAAAUAUUUUGAAGACAUCUUUAAAUACAAAACAACAAAACGCACACACAAAGCCCCCCCACUAUUGUAUCCUGAAAGAAUUUGACUGAACAAAAGAGCCUAAAUGCUUUAUUUAAGCAGAUACAGAUCUGUUUGUAAGUGGAUGGGAUUAAUCUCACCAAAUUUCUGAUGUCUAAAAUUAUGUAUCUAACAUGUAUCUAUAAGAAUAGAGAGAUGGCUCCAAACUGUAUUUUUUCCCAGAGCACAAACAGCUCUGUUCCACGGAGAGAAGGCUCAGGGUGAAAUGCUGUUUGGGUGUUAAAAUGUUAAUAAUAAGCACGAUCUGUCCAGAUUAAACUAGGAACUCAAAAAAAUAACUUUUUGUUUAUUUGUUUUGUGGUUUUGGUGGUGGCCUUUUGUUAUUAUUUUUUCAAGUAAAAGAUUUACUCUUAGCUUUAAAUGUUUUGGACAAAGAAAAGCACAUUUGUACACAAAAGGAAAAUUAUGCUUAUUUUUAAAGACCAUGCUGAAAGAUGCAUGGCCAGCUAUAGCAGUCAUUGGACUAGACCACCAUUCCAAGUGAAAGCCUUCAGAGAACUCCCAGACAUGUUGCUUUUCUUUGUCUUUCCCUUUUUAAAAUAAUUAUGUAGUGGGAACAUGUUUUUAAUUCUGCACAUAAUAAAAUAAAAGGAAUGAAUCCCAGUGGACCACACCAUAUCUGACAGACCAUGUUAUGGCACAACUGUGAAUUUUGUAUAUGGGCUCAGUUGAAAGUAUAUACCAGCAGAGUCUUUUUCAAUCAAACAGAUGCUUUUAUGUAUUGAUGUCAUGGUUAUAUGAUUCUUGUUAUUGGUAUUAUUUCAUAUUAUCAUGUGAAGCACUGAAAGUUAAAGAGUUAAUGCCCCAUUUCUGUAGACUGCCGAAUUUCCUGCUACCUGUUUCUCAGAAGGAAAGAAGAACUACAUAUCACAGAGGACUUUGUAUCCUCUGCUUAUUUGAACAGCAUCCCUGUUUUCCUCCCAGGUGGCACUGCCUGUGCACGCCCUUCUUUUCUCUCAGGUUGACCAACAGAUCCUUGAUGAGCCAUGGUGGUUUCCUGCCUCCCUUGCCUGUUUUCCUAUCUCCAAAACAGCAUAGAAAAUAACAAAUUCAAAGUGUGUCUUAGAUUACAUACAUUAUUUGAAUUUAAAGUAUUCUGAAUAAUCUGAAGUGCUUUUACACUGUUCGUCUAUUCUUAAUCAAGUGUUACUAUUAUGCUGCACUAGGGAAAUAUGGUGUUUUUUUUUCAUUAUAUAUCAUUUCAUAUGCUGCUUCUCUCAAUUCUAGCUUGAGUUAUUACAGACUUACAUAACAUGGCUCAUAGUCAAUUUACUUUCUGACACAUUUUUCACUGCAAGAGCUUUACAACUUGAGGGGAGGUAAUCUUGAAUAAAGAUUUAACAGCACCCAGGAGAUGAAGCUGGUCACAUACUCUUGAACAGGCAAAUCUAUCAGCUACAUUCAUGCAGUAAGAAGCUCUGGUAUAUUAUAAAAACAUGCUCAAGAGAAAGCUGU